UGCAGUUUGCACUUUGCACAACUUCAACCAAGACAAAAACGAAAGUCCUCAGAUUCAUAAUCAAUCGGAUAUCCCAAGAAAAUCCAACGUGUGUACUCGUGGGCAGGGGCGACCCUUUACACAUUUUUUAAGUUAAAUCAUUUCUACGUUCCAUAUUUUACACUCUUUGUCAGGCCAGAUAAAAAAAAAAAAAAAAAGGCCCUCCAUUGUCCCUGUUCUAAGCUUUAAUUAUAUACGACAAUUUUUUCCCAAUCUUUUUUCUUCCUUUUUGCCCUUUUUGUGAUUUAUUGACUGCCCUUUUUAGCAGUUUAAACGUUAUUAGUUUUGAUUUUGUAUUUAGUGUUUGAUAUUAGUUUAGUUUAUCACUGAAAUAUAGGGUCUGUCACACCUACAGCUAGCUCACCAACCACGCCCCAUGAGAUUCAUGACCAUAUAUAAAUUGCUUUGUUUAAUUUCGAGGUCCCCUUCUUUCCGUUCAUUCAUUUUCAUUCAUUUUUAUUCAACUCAGGAAAAACUUUGGUUUACGCUUUUGCUUUGUCACUGCCUACUCAUCUCUUGCUUAGAGCUUUGGAAGUCUGAAAACUCUCUCAACCCUCCCCAGUUUCAUUGAGGAAUUGGUUUCUUUCUUUUGAGUCAUAAUAAUACUGAGAAUCCUUGCAAUUUGUCUGGAUGGCGCCCACUGCUCCGGAUGGAUCUCAAACUGGGAAUGGAACUGUCAAGCAUUUGGAAUCUGUGACGUCCUUACUUGAAACUGAAGACCCUGAUUUGUUCAAAUUAUUAGACAAAUCUAGACCCCUUAAGAUAGAGAGGAAGAGAUCUUUCGAUGAAAGAUCCUUCAGUGAAAUGUCGCUUACAAAUUCACCUCGUCAUUAUAGUCGUAACGAGAAUUCUUCCCGUGCAUACGAACAUCUUGAUGGUAUUUAUUCUCCUGGGAGAAGAUCCGGUUUUAGUACUCCAAGAUCAAACAUUUUCUUUGAGCCACAUCCUUGUGUUAACGAAGCAUGGGAGGCCUUGAGGCGCUCUUUGGUUUACUUCCACAAGCUACCAGUUGGGACAAUUGCUGCAUUGGAUCAUUCUGCAGAAGAACUAAACUAUGAUCAGGUAUUUGUGAGAGAUUUUGUGCCCAGUGCUCUGGCGUUCUUGAUGAAUGGUGAGCCAGAAAUAGUGAAAAAUUUUAUCUUGAAAACACUCCGCCUCCAAUCAUGGGAGAAAAGGGUGGACCAGUUCAAAUUAGGGGAGGGAGUCAUGCCAGCAAGUUUUAAAGUACUCCAUGACCCCGAAAGGGGCACAGAAACAUUGAUUGCAGAUUUCGGCGAAAGUGCUAUAGGUAGAGUGGCUCCUGUAGAUUCCGGCUUUUGGUGGAUCAUUUUGCUUCGUGCAUAUACCAAGUCAACGGGAGAUACUUCCUUAGCUGAAAUGCCUGCCAUCCAGAGGGGUAUGCAUCUUAUAUUGACAUUGUGCCUUUCUGAAGGCUUUGAUACAUUUCCGACGCUGCUAUGUGCUGACGGGUGUUGUAUGAUUGAUCGAAGAAUGGGUGUUUACGGUUAUCCUAUUGAGAUACAAGCACUGUUCUUUAUGGCGUUGAGAUGUUCAUUGUCUCUACUCAAGAGUGAUGGCGAAGGGAAGGAAUUCAUUGACAGAAUUGUGAAACGCCUGCAUGCUUUGAGCUAUCACAUGAGGAAUUACUUCUGGCUAGACAUUAAGCAGCUCAACGACAUAUACCGUUACAAGACCGAAGAAUACUCUCACACUGCGGUGAACAAGUUCAAUGUGAUGCCCGACUCACUCCCAGAUUGGGUAUUUGAUUUCAUGCCAACUCGCGGUGGUUACUUCAUUGGAAAUGUGAGUCCGGCAAGAAUGGAUUUCCGCUGGUUUUGCUUGGGAAAUUGUGUUGCGAUUCUAUCAUCCCUAGCAACUCCUGAACAAGCUUCAGCCAUAAUGGAUCUUAUCGAGUCUCGCUGGCAAGAACUUGUUGGCGAAAUGCCUCUGAAAAUUUGUUACCCGGCUAUGGAAAGCCACGAGUGGAGAAUAGUAACCGGAUGUGAUCCAAAAAACACCGGUUGGAGUUACCAUAAUGGUGGCACUUGGCCAGUCCUUCUAUGGCUCCUAACUGCUGCCUGCAUCAAGACCGGACGGCCACAAAUCGCACGGCGCGCCAUUGAACUCGCUGAGAGCCGGUUGUUGAAAGACCACUGGCCGGAAUACUAUGAUGGAAAGCUAGGACGAUAUGUUGGAAAACAGGCACGGAAGUUUCAAACGUGGUCCAUCGCGGGUUACUUGGUGGCUAAAAUGAUGCUUGAAGAUCCAUCCCAUUUGGGCAUGAUUUCAUUGGAGGAAGACAAACAGAUGAAACCCAUCAUGAAAAGAUCUGCAUCCUGGGUUGCAUGAUGAUGCUAAAUUAUCCUUAGUAGGCUUUUUGAACAUUUUGCAGACACUUUAAACUUCAAAUUUCCGUAAGAUGCCGUUUUCAGCACACUGUUUUGCCUCUUACUUUCUCCCACGUUGCGAAUUACACAAUACUAAUAGAAAUGAUGAUUAUAAGUCGAUGUUAAUUGAGAAAUUCUUGUAUAAUAUACGAUCACAUUUCACUUAUUACAUCGUGCCGGUAAUUGACACAUCUAUUACAACCAUAGAAAAUAGUUUCACCAUCGUGCCGGUAAUUGACACCCGUAGUACAACCAUGGAAAACAGC